AUGAAGUCCGCAAAACCUCAACGAAGACCGAAUAUCCGGUGGAAUGACUAUAUGCGCCAAGUACUUUGCUGUCUGUACCGAUUUUACCACCGCGAAAAUAAGGCAUGGGAAGAGAUCUUUUCUAGAAUGUUUAGAUCUCAUUUAGAUGAGCGUGGAAUCAAAGGCUUUCUCCCAAUUACGACUCUUAUCACCCAGUGGACCUGGAUGAGAGACAGUGGGAAUCUUGUUUGGUACGAUGUUCAUAUUGCCACAGAUUUCAAGAGGGACGGAAGAUGGAAAGACAUCAUAGCAAAAGUCGAGUCUAUGGCUCAAACAUUGCGCCUAUCAAUCAGAGAAAAGAAGGAAGACAGCCUGGACAUAUCUCUAUGGAGACCCUCAGAGUCAACUGCAAGCGUGCGCACCAGGUCUUUACCAUCGGUUACUCUUGCUAGCAGGACUGCCAUGAAUAGAAUCAUCCCAGUACCACAAAGCGCCCUGGAAUCAACUCAGAGCGUGAAGACUCCACCGCAACAGACAGAAGAACAAGAAACAAGCAACUAUUGGGCCGACAAUAAUAGUCAAAGUGACAUUGGAACGAUGAAAGAAACUGUUAGCCACAUGCACAUCCACGAACCAAUCGCUUACCUGGGAAGUGAGGAGCCGGUAGUCACUAGCCACGGGAAGGUCUGUAUGUGGUGUGAGCAGGGGUCUGAAAUUGACUACCAGCACGAUCAGGGUCAGCACGAAUUCAAUAAACAUGAUGAAAAUUUGAAGGGAAGCUCUGGCGAAGCAGGCCCAAGCGACUGUGAUAAUCAACCAAUGCCCAUGGAUGACAGGACUGAAACUUUCGAUGAUGAUAAUUCUUCGACCCAUGAGAGCGGAAUCUUCCUGGAGGAUAACCCCGAUGACGCGAUGAGCACUUUGCCCCGUAUCGUGGACGAUAAUGAAAUUGAAGAUCGAUUGCCCAAUUUCUUGUAUCACGGUCUUAAACGCCAAUUGGAGCAGAUGGGUUCCAGAACACCAUCCAUCGAUCAAAUAGAAGAUGAUGACUGGCCGUCAGACGGAGGAUAUCAAGAUCCCAACACUCCAACCCCAGGACAACGGAAUAUCUUGCGGCCAUUCGGAAGAGGGUCACAGUCACGUUCCAUGGGUGAUCGCAGGGAUAUCGAAUAUACCUCACACAUCCAGUGGUGGUCUGAAGGUGGAUGGAGAACAUGA